AUGUAUAAAUUUAACAAGAGUUAGAUAAUUGCUCCUAAAACUAAGGAAAAAAGCAGUAUUCUUGCUCUAUGUGUUAAUUGUGAGGAAUUCAUUAAUAUAGAUAGAGUAGAUCUUCAUGCUUAAAUUUGUACUUAGGUUUCUAAUAAAAUACUAACAUUUGCACUCUCUCCUAUUUGCUUUGAAGAAAAUGAUUUCAAAUUGAAAAAAUUGAAAAAAAUAUUAUAAAAUAAGUAAUAUGAACAUACUCAAAGAUUAUGUAGAAUUAUUGAAUUAGUUAUAUAAAUCAAUAGUAUAGGAUGUGUAGAAGAAGCAUCAUUGAUAUAAUUUGAAUAAGAACUUAUAAUAAUGAGUAAAGAACCAAUUCAAUCAUUAAAUUUAUCAAUAUAUUUAGAAAGAUUACAUUCUCUUGUUAUACAAAGAAUAAAUAUCAUUCAAAAAUAAUUAAAUUCUAAAGUUAUCAGACCAUCUCAAUCUUAAUAAAACUUUUAUCCAUAAAUUAGUACUGCUUUUAAUUCAAAAUUAUCUAAAAUAUCAUCUGGUUCAAUUUAAACUCCCAGUAAUGUUAAUUUAUAAAAUUUAUUAAUUAACAAAGUUGAAUAAUCAGAAAUUGUAAUUUCAGACCAUAGAAUUAGUUAAGGUUAAAAUUCAUAGAAUCGAAUGACAACUAUAACUCGAUUCUCAUUAGAAAGUGGAAAUUAGUAAUAAGGAAUAGUAUCUUAAUUACAAUAAGGAGAUAAUAUAUUAACUAAUAUUAGUGAAUAGUCCCCAGAAAAAAUAAAUGAAAAUGUUAAUCCAAAAACAUUUGCUUAACGUUGUUUUUAUUCUAAAGUCUUAAAUUAAAAAUUAAGAUAUCCAACAUCUAGUCCUGCUUAAAAAAUUCCUGUAUCCUUAUUGUAUAAAUAAGCAGAGUAAAAAUAAAUCAAAUCAGAAAAUUGGGAUAUAUUUAUUAAAUAAUGUCUUGAUAAUCCUUUUGAAUAUUUGGAUCCUAAGAAAUUCAAUAAAAAUCUCAAUAAUUCAACAUAGAAUCAGAAUAUAUUUAAAUAAUGA